CUCACUCACUUCCUCUCUCUCUCUCUCUCACACACACACACACAAUCGAACUGCUCUAUCUUUUUUCUCCAUUUCCUCUCUCUCUCUCUCUCUCUCUCUCUUUGCACACAUAUAAGAAAUGAUCUCAUACACAUAUUAACAAACCUACAUAGGAGCAGAAUAGACACAGUGGACCCAAGUUCAGCCGCCGGAAAAUUGCCUGGGGAUCUCAAACUUUCGUCUUGGGAAAUGGCGGACUUACCUCCAUCGGAGGGCCAUCUAAACGGCGGCAGCUCUGCAGGAGAAAGAGGAGGACCUCCAAUUGCAGUCACGUCAUCGGAGACCGUCGGCUCCAAGCGCCAGCGGAGGCCCAGCGUCCGUUUAGGCGAAAUCGGCGGCGACCAGCUCUACGACACCCAUCCGCGGAGGACCAUCAAUAAUAAGCAAUGGAAGCAUCAUCAGCUCCUGUCUCUCGAUCACAAAAAGGAUCCUAAUACCUCUAGUAAAGGCUCAAAGACCCGGGCUUUAACCAAUUUAACUACUAGCGGUGAGUUCAAUGAAACCCUAGAUGAGGACAAGGAGGUCAAUUUGGAUACCGUCGCAAUUGGAAGCUGGAGAGUCAAGGAUUCGAAAAAGCGGGCCUCCAAUGCCACCACCAAGCGAGUCAGAUCCAGUUGGGUCUCCAAAAUCGACGAUGCUGGUGGUGGCGGUGCAAACAACAAUGCCGAAGGAGAUACGAAAUACAGUUGUGGUGAAGAUGUGGAUGAUACUUAUCGCGGAUUCGACAUGGAAAAUUCAGAAAGUCCGUUAAAAGAACAUAGUCCUAUUCACUCGCUUGAGAAUUUGGGAGACGGGAACGAGAGAAACGAGAGGGAAAUUUAUUACAAUAGAUGGGCAAUUAGGGCAAGGGAUAAUCAUAAUCAUAAUCGCGACGGGAUUGAAUUAUCAGGCCCAUCGGAUACUGACGCCAGAGAUUACAGGAAUAAUGGGAGGUGUGGUGGUGGAGGAGAGGAUGGGGUGAGGAUUUGGCUGAAUAGUAUAGGGUUGGGGCGGUAUGCUCCAGUUUUUGAAAUCCAUGAGGUGGAUGAUGAGGUUUUACCAAUGUUGACACUGGAGGAUUUGAAGGAUAUGGGGAUUAAUGCUGUUGGGUCAAGAAGAAAGAUGUUUUGUGCAAUUCAAAAGCUUGGGAAAGGGUUUUCUUGACGGUAGUGCAUAAGCCAGUAGUUUUGGUUUUUCAACAGAGGAUUUUGUCUCAGCCAUGGUCAAUGAAGGGUUAAUGCUUCUUUGAUAGGACACAAUUGAUUGCAAACAGAUGCGAGGAUUUUAAGCUGACAUGACUUUAGUGAAGUGGUUUCUUUGCGAAGGUUUAUUGCUCCAAUUUGCAUGCGAGGGCUGCUUAGAUGCUCACGGUUUAGACUUAAGAGAAAGGCCGAUCAAAGAUCAUUGCCAUCUUCUUGUAAAUGCUGCUAACCUUCAAUGUCAAAUUGCAUCUAUAUUUUAACAUUUCUACAUUUUAGUGUACCUCUGCACAUUAAUAGAGAAUAAUAAUGAUAGUAAUCUCUUACUUUUUGGCUGUUGAAA